AUGGUUGAAGUCGCUCCAGCCCCCGCUCCGGCAGCGAUCAAAGCGCCCAAGAAGAAGGCAGCACAGCCCAAGAAAGCAGGACCGACUGUCGGAGAGCUUGUCUUGAAAGCCGUGUCUGCCUCCAACGAAAGAAGUGGUGUCUCUCUUCCCGCUCUGAAGAAGCUGCUGUCUUCCGGGGGGUACGACGUGGAGAGGAACAACUCUCGUGUCAAACAGGCUGUCAGGACUCUCGUUUCCAAGGGAACUCUGCUCCAGACCAAGGGCACCGGUGCGUCCGGCUCCUUCAAGCUGAACAAGGCGAAGGCUGAGCCGAAGAAGGCCGUCAAGAAGGCUGCACCCAAGGCGAAGAAGCCCGCUGCUAAGAAACCUGCCGCAGCAAAGAAGCCGAAGAAGGCAGCAGCCAAGAAGCCGGCGGUUAAAAAGGCAGCUGGGGCCAAGAAGGCCACCAAGUCCCCGAAGAAAGCGGCGAAGACCCCCAAGGCUGCCAAGCCGAAGUCGGCCAGUGCUAAAGCCACCAAGCCGAAGAAGGCAGCCCCUAAGAAGAAGUGA